AUGGAAAUUGCAACUUCACUUCUUAAAAGUGAUUCUAAUGAAGGUGAAUCAGAUCCAUUGGAUGGUUAUUAUAAGAAACUUGCUACCAAUCUCACUCCUCUUAAAAAGGAUUCUGAUAUGUUUGCAAUGGUGAAUGAAUAUUUACAAAAUACUCAUGCAUCCACUCAUAGAGAAUAUUCACUUGAAUUGAUUGAUGCAUUUGAAGUGGAACGUUUGGGUGAAAAUGAAAGAUUUAAAACAUUUGAGAAUUUACAUAAUCGACAAUUGUUGUGGCAUGGUAGUAGAGUGAGUAAUUUUGGUGGUAUUUUAUCACAAGGUUUGAGAAUUGCUCCACCUGAAGCUCCAGCCACUGGUUACAUGUUUGGUAAGGGUAUUUACUUUGCCGACAUGUCCUCCAAAUCAGCCAAUUAUUGUAGAACUAGCCCUGAUGCCAAUGUUGGUGUUUUAUUAUUGUGUGAUGUUGCACUCGGUAACAUGUAUGAACGUCUCCAAGCUGAUUAUAUUGAAAAGUUGCCAAAAGGUUAUCAUAGCUGUUUCGGACAUGGUAAGACAGAGCCCAAUGAUUCCAUGGCCAAAUACAUUUGUGAUGGAAAAGUGAAAGUACCACUUGGAACAGCAACAAGCUCCAAUGUACCACGUCAUGCUUCUUUGUUGUACAAUGAAUAUAUUGUCUAUGAUAUUGCUCAAGUGAACAUCAAAUACUUGUUGAAGGUUAGAUUUAAUUAUAAGAGAGGAUAUUAUUGA